GCGAUAAAUGGAGUGGAAUAGUACAUAAUAGUAGCUCCGUUGAAUGCGAGGAGUGUAACGAAGCAGCCAAGACAGGAGAAGUGCAGCAGAGCUUUGACCCUUGACUACACGAAGACGACGUUCUCUUCGCAACGACGAGCUUGAAUUUCAGCACCUGUGAAUUUGCUGCAUCGCCUACGAGUCCUUUCCUCGGAAGACGGAUAUUGCAUGAUGAGGAGGCCUCAUUUCAUUGUCGUCGCGGCUCUGCUGCUGCUGGCUGCGUUCUGCAGACCGUCGCUGACUGCGGAGGUCAAACCGGACUGCUCGGAGCAGGUGGUGCAGCUUGCCCCGUGCCUGUCUUAUGUGAGCGGGGACGAUCCAAAGCCUCCCGAAGAUUGUUGCGAUGCACUGACGACCGUGGUUGUGGAAACCCCGACCUGCAUUUGCGAGAUUAUCGAGGGCGGGGAAAAUGCCACUGCGAGCACCGGACUCCUAGCCAUCAACCUCACCCUGGUGAAGCAGCUGCCCAAGGAGUGCGGAGUCCAAGAGCAGAUCAAAAUCGACGAAUCUCACUGCCCGGGAUUCGGAAAUCAAACUCUCGCGCCUCCAAGCGGACCAGGAGUGACAUCAGCUCCAGCACAAGAGUCAGCGGCAGUGCUGCGAGGACAAUCAAUCCCUUCGAGCUUCGUGUGGUCGCUCAUAAUCUCCGUAGGUCUGUGGGUCCGUAGACCGUGAGAAGCUCAAUCCGCUUAGACUGCGACGUUGAACUUCUAUCUUAGGUUCUCGGCUUUCAAGCCGGACGCUUUUUUCAUUCCCAUCUUCGGACUUGAGCUUUCUAGCUCGCCGACGAUACGCAGGCCUUGUAAUCGAAUAGAAAUAUAUCGCCAGGAACUUCUUUACCGUAAUUGUUUGGUUUGCCAAUGAGCCGGAAACUUGUUUUUGGUUGGUUGAAGAAUGAUGGAAAGAAUUUUGUAAUCGAUAUUCGCAUGCAAGUUGCCGAAUCAG